AUGUCGCUUGAUGGAGAUGUUGGUCCAAAAUUCAGCAUAAAUGUAUCUGAACAGAAAAUAACAUGCGUUUCGCCUUAUAUUUUAGAUGUACUUUAUAAAACUGUCUAUAGUGCACCUUGGUCAUUAGAAAGAUUAGUUAAAGAGAUUCUUGAAAAGCUGAAGCAUUUUGACAAAGUUUCUAAAGCUCGUGCUGAAGGGGAAGCUGCGUUGACCGAAACUGCAUUACGCUGGAAACAUACUAUUCUACAACUCCUUUGUCAUAGAUUUCAUAGAUUUUUGAAAUAUUCUGCAAAGGCACCAGAUUUAUUACAUUACAUCAAAUAUUCCGUUUCCUAUUUAGAAAACAGACAAACAUAUCGUGAUGUAGAAUUGUUUGCUUUGCAUAUAAUGAUGAUGCAAACAGAUUGUAAGUUUAUUAGAUCUUUAUCCGGUCCAACUCGAGAAAAGCAGAUUUUGUUUGCGGAAUCUGAACUACUUGCAAGAUAUAUUAUGUAUACCAUGGCACGUUUGAUAAAGCUAAGAGGUGUUGACGACAUUCCAGAUAUUAUGAAUAUUAUUUUAGAAAUUUAUCCACAUCCAAUUCAGUGGUCAAACACAACACUAAGUUUUUUCCCAGAACCUUUGAACAAAUGA